AUGGAGGAGGGGGAUUUCCCGGAGAUGAGUCUAUCAGGACUUCAGCUGGCUUUAACUGGUGCACCCCCCUCUUCAGAGAUCUUCCUUUUCACUGAUGCCCCCGCAAAAGACUUGUAUCUAACAGGCACGGUGAACGCCCUCAUAGAACGCACUAAGUCAGUGGUGACAUUCUUCCUAACUGGCUCUUUGGGUCUCCGUCGUAGGAGGGGUAGUGACCAGGGCCAAGGACAGGUCCAGCACAGUCGGAUGGCAGUGUCAGACGCCCAGCUCUACAGGAACCUGGCCCAGUCCUCAGGUGGCCAGGCAAUACAGGUCACCAAGACAGAGCUGCCCAAGGCCACCAGCAUCCUUGUGGAAUCCUCCAGCUCUUCCUUGGUAGCCUUUGACUCCAAUAGUAAACAUUAG